UACUGGCGCACUGAACCGAGUCUGAAACAGCAACUGAGAAGAGGGGAAGGAGUCAGAGAGGGAAAGAGGGAAACCAUCAGAAAUGGAACACAACGGCGCGGCGGAGGCAGCGGCGAAGACGAACGGAGGAUCCCACGGCGAAGCUGGCUCCGCCGCCGCGUUCCAAAUGGAUGGGCUGAGGAAUUGCUUGAGCAGCUACCACGACGACGGCAGCGCCGAGACUCACAGGUACUUCCUGGCUCGCAGAACCGUCCUGGAGAUGCUGAGAGACAGAGGCUACUACGUCCCUGAAUCCGACCUCUCCGUCUCUUUGCAGGAGUUCCGCGCCAUUCACGCUCAGAACAUUGACAUUGAUCGUCUCAAGUUCUCCGCCACUCACCUGACCGAUCCCUCCAAACGAACGAUGGUGAUUUUCGGUGGAACUGGGGUGAUCAAAGUGAAUACGGUCCGUCUGAUCUCUGCUCAGAUUGUUAAUAGAGACAGCUUAACUGGCCUGAUACUGAUUUUGCAAGGCCAAAUAACGAAACAAGCCGAGAAGGCACUGAGGCUGUUCAAAUUCAAUGUUGAGAUCUUUCAGAUUACUGACUUGCUCGUCAACAUCACCAAGCAUGUGUUGAAGCCAAGGCACCAGAUUCUAACGAGCCAGGAGAAAAAGAAGCUCUUAAAAGAGUACAAUAUAGAAGAUAAACAGCUCCCCCGGCUGUUGAGGUCGGAUGCAAUCGCACGUUACUACGCGCUCGAGAAAGGACAGGUGGUCAAGGUGACAUACACCGGCGACAUCACCGAGUCUCAUGUCACGUACCGAUGCGUCUGGUGAACGCAUCCGUGUAAUGUAGCCUCUUGUAGAGUAUUUCAGUUCCCGCCAGAUGGGCGUGUUCCCUAGUUAGUCUUGCUGUUUACCAAGUCUCAUGAUCUGUGAAUAAUCCUGUAACCCAAGUUCUCCUGUGUUAAACAUGUUUGCCCCGAGGAUACUCGUUAGGGGGAUAUGGAUGGUUGUAAAAUUGUGCUUCUUGUGCUCGAAAUUCAAAAUCCAUGGAUUGGGCCAAGUGCGAGGCCUCUCGAUUGGGCCUUCAUGGCUACGCUACUGGGCCUGCCGAACAUCCACUCUCUGCAAGUAAAACAGGAAAUGAAAAGGGAAAAGGGAAAAUGCGUUCAUCAUCACUAGUAUAAACAACAUUCACAUAG